CAUCAUCUUCAUUCUUCAUCGUUCAGAGUGUGUGUGUGUGUGAAGAACAGAGUCAUCGGUGACAAUGGUUCAGAGGCUCACUUAUCGUAAGCGCCAUAGCUAUGCCACCAAAUCCAACCAGCACCGUGUUGUCAAAACCCCCGGUGGGAAGCUGGUGUACCAGAGUACGAAGAAGAGAGCAAGUGGACCAAAAUGCCCUGUCACCGGAAAGAGGAUCCAAGGGAUUCCCCAUCUGAGACCUGCUGAAUACAAGAGAUCUAGGUUGCCUAGAAACCGCCGUACAGUGAACCGCGCCUAUGGAGGUGUCUUGUCUGGAGGAGCAGUUAGAGAAAGGAUUAUCCGUGCUUUCCUUGUUGAGGAACAAAAAAUUGUGAAGAAGGUGUUGAAGAUCCAAAAGGCAAAAGAAAAGCAAGCAUCAAGGAGUUAAGCUGAGUGGACCAUGGAUAAAAUAUUAAAACCUCUUGAAUUUCUGUUAAAAUUUUGACGUUGGAUUGUGUUACUGUUAACUAUGAAUGUGGAACUUUAUUUGAAGUUUAUUUUAUGGAUUCUUGUGCGUUUUGUUAGUUAA